UCGACGGAAUAGGAGGAGACUGCCAAGUGGAAACAAACCACGACGGACGUGAAAAUGGAGCUUCGCGUAAAGGCAAUCGGUUAAUCCACGGAAAAUGACUUUAAAACACAUUAUUCUUCCGCUGUUUCUUCUUCAGACGAUCUAUACAGGGGUGCUGAUGCUACUCUUGCCACCAGAGAAUUUGCGUAUACAGUCCGAGAACCUGAUCAACGUGCUUAACUGGAGCAGCAACAAUGACAGUCCAACUGUAAAAUUCUUUGUACAGUACCGAUACAGUUUCAGUGACAGAUGGCAGAAUGUCACGUCAUGCCCGCCGACGGAGGCCACACAUUGUAACUUCACCUCCUCUGUCAGGCCGGGCUUGAAUGUAACCUUGCGAGUCGGAGCAGAGGAUGGGGACCAGAUUCUCUGGCGAGAAUCGGAGCCAUUUCGCGCAAGCGAUCAGACUCUCCUAGGCCCCCCUUGUGUCACACUGUUCCCAAAGCCCCAUGUUCUGAUUGUGCGGAUGGACGACCCUGUCGCUGGGCUCAGGGAAGAGUUUGGGGAAGACCUCAAAUACAGGGUCUACUAUGGGGAGGAGAAUGGGCCCCUGAUGGAGCAUGGUGACUACAGCUCACAGUUGACUUUGGAAUCCGUUAAAGAGGGAGUGAAAUACUGUGUGAAAGUGGAGUAUGUUCUUUACGGUCAGCUCAGGGCAGGCAGCCGUCAUCGUGUAGAGUGUGCCCUCAUUCCCGAGUCUGAGUAUACAAGGAUGAUAAAGAAUGUGUUGGUUGUGGUGACUGUGGUUAUCGUGGUAGGCGGGGUCAUACUUGCAUGCCUCCUCACUUUCGCCAAAUGCCACGACAAAGUCAAGGAGGUCCUGCGCCCCCCGCUGGAUCUGCCGGACCAUUUUCGCGAGUUCUUUAAAAGGGAAGACUUCACUCAGUUAGGCCAGAGCAGCACCUACAGCACCAGUUCCGAGUCCUUCCAGCCAGACCUCCUAGUGAUCGAAGAGGAAGAGGAUGCUGCACCUGGACAGACUGCAGCUUUGAACGAUUCCCUGUACCCUCCCCGAACACACAUACUGCCUGACCCGGAUCGGGUCUCUCUCAGCAGCUCUGAAUCAGAGACUGAGAGCCAGGCUUCCCAUGUCACAGAGGAAGAGAAUGGCUACAGUGGGGCCUGUGAGGCACUAUGAAGGGGCCGGUGUCAGACACUCACACACUAUGCUUCUACUGCACCACGGGGGACUAACAUUUGCAUUCACACCAACUUGGAACCGGACUACUUCCAGGGUGAUCAUCCUGGAUGAAGACAAAGAGCAUGUGCUUUCACUCAAUGCACGUUUCACACUUUUCAUGCUUGCCAGCAUGUUGGACUGGCAGAGAUGAGUUGUGCCCGGUGCAGGGGGUAUCCCUGAGAGUAGGAGAUGGAAUUGUGUUCAGGCAUUGCUGAAUUCAGAGCAAUGCUCAUGUGGACAAAGAAAAAGUCUUGUUUUUUUUCUGGAAGAGUUGAAUCCCAAGGGACAGAUUGACCUUUUUACCACAUGAAGCCAAAUGUAUGGGAUACUGUGACCAUGAUAAUGUAUUCCCUUAUUCAUGGAGUGUGAAGGCACUCUGAGUGUUUCCAGGUAACCCAAGGAACAGCUGACCCUGCUGAUGAGCCCUGCCACAAGCCCCACCAUUGAGUGGAGUGCCCUGUCGAUGUGCAUUACAGCCUACAGCCUUUGAACUGUUAGCUGUCAGGGCAUGAGUGAGUCAGAGUGAGUCAGAUUUUCAGUUUGGGUGGGCUAUGUACUGAUGUGUGGCCUAAUUCAGUCACAGGUGCCGUGCUGCUUUUAGCUUAUUUUAGUUGUAAUAUGUUUGUAAUUAGAAAAUACUUUUUGGAAAGGGUGAAAAGCCUUUAUUUGUGUUCCACCCAAGUGCUUAAUUUAAUUACACUUACCUUCUAAAUGGCACAGAGUGUCGGGGUAUAAGAGGGAAACUAGAGGAGCCUUACUAGGUUGUUACUUCGGUUUUGCUUUCUGUGUAUCUGCGGUUGAGCAAUCUUGGUACACAGUGGAGGGCAGCCCUUCAUAAACUGCUGACUCUGCCAUCUAGUAGCUGUAAACUUUUGUAAGAAGGAUAUUGUCAGGGUUUCCAGGUUUCUCAGUUGUUAAACUGGACUCACACAGACUUCGAAUCUUUAUUUUAGGGCUGGUGGUUGCUUUUCAAUUGGGUUCAUUUGAUUGUUUUUGUCCUCCUGGACAUGAAGAAAUAAACACUACACUUCUUGAAAUGUUUGUGCAACUUCCUCAUUCAACACCAGAGGAGUGUCUUAAUACCAGCUGACAGCUGGGUGCAUAACAAGAUAGUUUUGCAUUUUUUCUAAUACAGGGCUGAUCAAGUGGUAAACUGGUUGUGACGGACUUAAAGGGUGUGGCUUUCAUUCGAACUAAGGUUAUUGUUCAAACUUUCCGGAAUGUGUUUUGGAAGACUCAAUCUUUUCCUUGUUCUUGGAAGAAAGAGUUUGAAAAGAACCGCCUAACCGUGUUGAAUUGAAAGAGAAUCUCUUCUGAAGCCUCCAGGGAGGAGCGGGAAGCGGGAGGCUUUAACACUCAUUUUGUUAGAAUGUAAACCUAUUUUCUGCUCCAUGGAUUUAUGCAGUUCACAAACAGCAGAUGUGUUGGAAAGCACAUUUUCCCUAUGUAAACUCAUACCUGAGAAGAAAUUGCUGUGCAGCUGAUUGAUCUUUCUUGCCAAGUCACUGGGUCCACAACGGAUAAAAUGCACAUUUAACACACGGUCAACAGAACCCCUGCUGAUAAAGUACGCCAUGUAGACGUGAUCACCACUUGCGCCAUAUGCAAAUUGUAUGGUCAACAGCAAAGUGAUCAUGAAAGGUGAACUUCAGAGAAGAUCACAGUAAUCACAUGACAAGAUGGUCCUCACAUCUUUCUGCACAAGGGGCCUCUGUCCAGCAGUGAGAGCUAUGCUGUGGAGAGCUAGCAAACAUUAUAGCUACCGUGACACAAGUUGAUUGAAGGAAGGAUUUGAUGGAAGAUCUGGCAACAAUAGGUGACCUUAGUUUUGAAACAAAAUGCACACAAAGGUGCCUUGAGGUACGGAGGCGGGCCUUUGUCAUUCACCUCUACUCUCAGUGAAGAGCCAUGGGUUGCAUUACAGAUUGUCUUCUGCUUUGUGGCAAGGACUUUGAAGAUGGUGUCAAACAAGCAACCAGAAAAUAUCACCAGCAAUGUGAAUGAAAUCAAAUUCUAAUGUGUCCCACUUAUCAUUGAAUUCUGUGAUAGUAUGUAUAACUUAUGAUGGAUGUUCGUAAUGGGCUGCUACAAAUUUCACACAAGUUGAUAGGGUUGGGUAGGCCUGGGAUUCCUCAUCUCACCUCUCUCAGGCACUUCCUUAGGUACCUGCAGGUUGUUACAAUGGUGUCGGAGGAGUACAGCUUAUCCUACAAUGAAUGCCCACUCCGCUGUAGUGCGCUUUGUGACUUUACGAUUUCAAAAUGGCUGCAGAAACGGGGAAAAAUAAAGUAAUUAGAAUUUAGACAGGGAUGAUGGUAAAUAAAAGAAGGAGAGUUUUAUAGGAGAGAGGGAGAGACAAGAAAGACAGGGCUGAAUGUGUAGAACAUAUUACUUAAAAACAGUGAGCUUCUUCCACACUGCCUCCAAGACUGAGUUUGAGUCACUUCAGGCACAAAACGUCUUUCAGUUCAUGUUGGCAGCUGUGGAUCUGGCAGGCGCUCCCUUGUACAAGGAAAAAGGAGUUGUUUGCUUAUCUCAUACGCUGAAUGCGGUGCCCAGAAUGUAAAUGACAGAAAAAAUUUCCAAAAUUCGAUAUAAAUCGAACACUGUUUGCAAGUCUGUUCGCUUAUAUGUCACUUGGCACUGUUAAUGUUCAGCCAUUUAGGAUUUAGAGUUGGCAUGAGCUGUGAUUUUUCUCCAUAAGCCUUCUGCUAUAGAAGGUCAUAGCUCUGAAAAACCUUGUUUUUUAAGCACCAGGAAAAACAUGACCAUAUGCCAGCUCAUUGAACUACUCUCUCAAGAUGUGAUUUCAUUAUA